AUGUUUGGUACCGGGCCAGGGGAUUCGGGUCUUCUAAACGGUGGCUCUGGUGGACUUCUUCCACGUGGUAGUGGCAUGAUGCCACCUCCAACACUGGAAUGUUCCAGUGGAAUGCCGUCACCCGUAUCUGGUGGUUAUCCCCCUUCAGGUCCUGAUUUGAAGGCACCCCCCGGUCUUAGUGUGAGACCCGACUUGAUGGAUCCUUCUGGUGGCCCUCCACCCCUCAUACCGUCAGAGUAUCCACCCUGCACAGGACCCGGAAGCAAUGAAAAUGGCCAAGGCACAUCAAUAUUUUGUAGCACUCCGCAUUCCGUCAUGAUGAUACCACCACUGUCUCAUGGUGGUAUGUUACAUUCUCAGCAGCAACAUUUAGCAAGUGUUGGCGGACCUCAGGGACAAGCGCCAUCACCAUCACAGUACGUGCCAUCUAGUGGACAACAUUCGGGUUCUGGUGGUUGCACCCUACAGUCCGUUUGUGGCGGUCCUAAUCCUAGCCCUGUUGGUGGUCCCGCUUGUGUGCAACUCCCGCAAUAA